CGACCAGCCAACGUAAUGCGGCCCAAGGAAGGGCAGUUGUCUUAAAGAGUCCGUUAAAUUCCAGUCCGCUAUCAUAAACCCUAAAAAUCUCAAGUCUCUCUCUCCCAGAUUCUCAAAGUUCACUCCUUUCCUUUUGUUGUUUCACUAAACUUGAUUCUCUCACGAUGGCUCUCUCUCGAUUCUCCUGUUUUCUAUCAAGAACACCAAAUAACCCCUCUCUUCUCUACUCUUCCUCUCCUUUUGUCCUAAGAUCACUUAUAAACGUCAAAAACCAAACUCUAUCUCUCAAUUCUACACCCAAUAUUGAGAAUCCAUUUGGGUCUAUGUUAAACCCUCAUUUUAUCGUCCACAAGUCAACCCAUACUGAUUUACAACAAACCGUUGUCCUUACUGAUGCCAGCAACCAAACCCCACAAGUUUUGGCUGAUAAAAUCGUUGAAGACGCUGAAAAUAUCUGCAAAUUAUUAUCAAAAAAUCCUAAUUCUAGCGUUGAGGCUUUGCUCAAUAAGGCUUCUAUGGAAGUGUCACCAAGUUUGGUUUUUGAGGCAUUGAAGAAGCUAAGCAAUGCAGGUACUCUUGCGUUAUCGUUCUUUAGAUGGGCAGAGAAGCAAAAAGGGUUUCAAUAUAGCACAGAGAGCUACCAUGCCUUGAUUGAAUCACUAGGAAAGAUCAAGCAGUUUAACGUUAUAUGGAACUUAGUUACUGACAUGAAGCAAAAAGGGUUGCUGAAUAAAGAAACUUUUGCACUGAUUUCAAGGAGAUAUGCAAGAGCAAGAAAAGUUAAAGAGGCAGUAGAUGCAUUUAUGAAAAUGGAGAAGUUUGGAUUGAAGAUUGAAUCAUCCGAUGUUAAUAGGUUGCUUGAUACUUUAUGCAAGUCGAGGCAGGUAGAGAGAGCACAAUUGGUGUUUGAUAAAAUGAAUAAGAGAGGAUUUGUGGCUGAUAUUAAGUCAUAUACGAUAUUGCUAGAAGGGUGGGGUCAAGAGAAAAACUUGUCGCGGCUGAUGGAAGUCUACAACGAAAUGAAAGAUGAGGGCUUUGAACCGGAUGUUGUCACUUACGGUAUUCUUAUCAAUGCCCACUGUAAAUCUAGGAGGUAUGAUGAUGCAAUCGAGUUGUUUCAUGAGAUGGAAGCGAAGAACUGCAAGCCUAGUCCUCACAUAUAUUGUACUUUGAUUAAUGGAUUGGGAGCUGAAAAAAGGUUGAGUGAAGCACUUGAGUUUUUUGAGCUAUCAAAGGCUAGCGGGUUUGUUCCAGAGGCACCUACUUACAAUGCUGUUGUGGGGGCAUAUUGCUGGUCAGAGAGAAUGGAUGAUGUGCAGAGGACGGUUGAUGAGAUGAGAAAAGGCGGGGUUGGUCCAAGUGCGAGAACUUAUGAUAUCAUACUUCACCAUCUGAUAAGAACUGGAAAAACUAAAAUUGCUUAUUCAGUUUUCCAGAAAAUGAGUUGCGAGGGAUGUGAGCCAUCUGUGAGUACCUAUGAGAUUAUAGUGAGGAUGUUUUGCAAUGAGGAUAGAGUGGAUAUGGCAAUAAAGGUUUGGGAUCAGAUGAAGGCCAGGGGAAUCCUUCCUGUUAUGCAUAUGUUCUCUACAUUAAUCAAUAGCUUGUGCCAUGAGAGUAAGCUAGAUGAGGCUUGCAUGUACUUUCAGGAGAUGUUGGAUGUGGGCAUUCGGCCUCCAGCACAGUUGUUUAGUAAUCUGAAACAAAAUCUUCUUGACGAGGGCAAGAAGGACACUGUUGUGGUUUUUGAACGGAAGCUUGAUAAGCUAAGGAAAGCUCCAUUAGUUAGUUGAGGCCAGGGAGAGAUGCUAUGGGGUGUUGGAAAUUGAUCUGUGUCAAGGUUUUAACACUCUUAUGGACAUGUCUUAUCUAGUGCUGAUUAAGAAGAUUUGGGUUGUGCAUGUGGUCUUAGACUGGUACUGAUGACUCUGAAUUCACUAUUUGAUCGGGAGGAACAGUGCCCAACGCUGCUAUAAAUGCAUCCAUUUCUAUGAAUACGUGCACACUUGGUCUUAAUGGUUUCCAAACUGGUCCUCACUCUUCAUCUUGCUCUCUUUAGUGGUUUAUGCACUCGUGCUUCCUGCUUUGCUCUUCCUAUAUGAUAUCAUGGUUGGGGGAACUUUCAGUGGCUCGAGUGGAAGUGUAGGCUCUUUUUUCUAAUCAUUCUCUCUCUAGUUUGCGACUUUUGCAAGCUAUUCUGUCUGUGUCGAUGAAAACAUAUGGGAACCUUUUGUACAUUGCAAAAUGUACAACUUUCUGUGCUGAGAGAUUUGCAGGGUUUGGAUACUAUUGAUUUUCUGGGUUGACUUGGAUUGUGCACAAUAUUUUAGAGUAGCCUCGGAAGAAUCAGUGAGAAAUUCAGGGGGUUAAUUAUUAUAUCAGUUGGACCAAAUUUCUGUCUCGUUUUAACUUUCUGAAGCUGCCAAAUUUGCUCUAAUUUGAGGAUGACAAAAUUCGAACCAUUCUGUUUUUCAUAUUUACUGAAAGCGGGUGCUAUAUCCAGAAUCUUGCAAAUUUUCAUCUUGAUAGCUAGGCUUGGGCGAGGCUUUGACUGCAUAUGUUGCCGUCAUGUUUCUUGAAUAUAGGACCAUCUGAGCUCCUACUCUUUAAGAAUUUGCAGCACUUGAUUUACCUAUCUGUCCAGAAACUCCAGCUGGCCUUUUGUAGGGCUCGCUCAUUUUUCACAAUGGAGGUUGGAUCAAUGCUGGUUAAUAAGAUUUUCCCGUGGCUGUGGUUUACUUGUCAA